AUUGGAUCUUCUGAUGAAGAAGAUCAUUCAGUAGUUGACAAAACCCGAAUAAAGAAAAAACAUAAACGAAAGAACCUAAAAAUUUCAGAUGAUGAAGAAACUGAUUCGGAAACAGAACCUUUGGAUGGGGCAGCUGAAUCGGAAACAGAAGAACCGAAGGAACCUGAUGAGCAAGAAAAUGAUGAUGAAGAAGAAGUUGAACAUCUGGUAGACUACGACUCUGAAGAAAACGAAGUAGAAGUCGUGAUGAACAAAAAAGAGAAACAAAAAAUGGCCAAUGCCUUUUUGGAGAAGGAAGCUGAACUGUCAGAAUCGGAAUGGGGUAGUGCUGAUGAGGAUGAAAAAGAUUUGGAUCGGUAUGAUAUCGAGCUUGGCGAUGAAGAAAAGUUCGAUCAGAACCAACUCCAACAGGAGCUAGAACGAAUUCACAUGCGCAGGAUACUGGAACAGGAUAAAAAAGAUGUCAAAACGCUUCAAGAUAUGUUUUUCGAGGAUGAAGAAAACGACGGCGUUGGUCGUGAAAGGCAGUUCCGCUGGCGGAACGUUGAAACUACGUUUAGCUUGGACUACGACAAGAAACCUGAUGAAGAUAACACAGAACAGGGAGCAAGUGACGAUGAAAAUGAAAUGCAAUGGCGUAAAAUGCGAUACGAGCGAGAAAUGUUGCUUAAAGAGAAGAACAUCGAUCCAGAUGAACUUAAUUUGAGUACCACGCUAGUGGAUAAGUCGCUGGAAGAAGAAGAAGAGAAUAAUUCCAACGUUCACAACACAACUACCAACGCUUCUUUGGUUGCAACAAAAAGAAGGAUAACAAUAGUGAAAGCGAAAAAAUCAACUGAAACGAAGGUACUUCAGGACUCGCCGUUCUUGAUUACAAAGUCUUCAAUAAUUCAGGGUAACAAAGCUUCCUUCCUCUCACGGGACGACGAGACGCUAAGCAAGUUGGCUACCCUUGUCAAAGGGAACCCGGACAGCGAAGGUUCCAGUUCUGUUGUUGCUAGUAAGGGAAGGAACUUUGUGUUCGCUGCCGUAAGUCCGGUUGUCGAUAAAAUGGGCACUAAUAAGCGGUCACUUGAAACCGGGGAAACAGUUGAUGAUGAUGGACAGACUUCCAAAAAAAUCAAGACCAGUGCAAAUGGAAAACCACCGAACGAAACUAAGAAAAGGUUGCUUCUCGGUCAGUUGCUUUAGUCCGGUUUCCGUAUAUUUUUUAGUAUAGAGUUAAUAUUUUGAAAUA